AAUGUUCAGUGCUCCGUUACGUUUUAACGUGAUCGUACGUAAUUUUUCGUUCGUAAUGUCGUCAUCAAAACGCGUGCUCAAAACGCUAACAUACGAGGAAAAAGCGGCAGCGAUACAGGAAGUUGAAAAUGGAUUAAAAACAAAAUCUUUGAUAGCUAAAGAAUUUGGUAUUCCACUGAACACUUUGUCAACUUAUCUUAAAAAUAAAGAAACCAUUUUAUGUAAUUUGGCUACAUCAUAUAAAAGGGGCCGAAAAAGGGUUAGAGAACCGGAAAAUCCUGAUGUUGAUGAGUGCGUUUACAAGUGGUUUAAACAGACACGUGACAAGGAAAUUCCGCUGAGUGGGCUGUUGAUAAGAGAAAAAGCUGAAGAAUUCGCAUUAAAAUUAGAAAAACAUAAUUUUAAGGCAACCAAUGGAUGGCUCAAUGGUUUCAAAGAAAGAAAUGGCAUUCGUUUUAAAACCGUAAGUGGUGAAAGUGGUACAUGUUAUAAUAAAUAUGUCAUAAGAAUUAAUAUAUUGUAUUGUUUUAAACAAAUAUAUAUUUUGAAAUUUUAUUUAGAUAACUCGAAUUCUUGGAUAAUUCGAAAUUUUUUUGCCGGUCCCCUCAACUCCGAGUUAACCAAGUUCGACCGUCCUAGGGUGGGUGGAGUAUAUUCGAUGAAAUAUUAAGUACAAACAUUUGUAUUUUAUUCACUUGCCAUUAUCCAAAUGUCGUAAUAAUAUUAUAAUAAAGACGAUUCGCGAGGGUGUACAACGCGCUUACCUAUAAGCCGGCGGGCACCGACCACCCACGACGGUCCUGUUCGGGUUCUUUUGGCGAAAACGAAAAAAAUAAUGUCCGAGAACCAUUGUGUUUCUACGUGUAAAUAUUAUAAUAAUAUACUCGUAUAGAUACGUGGCGCGAACGAAAAACACGGUCGCGUCCCAGGAAUAAACGCUGUACAUUGUGCUAUUAUUAUAUUAUGUCUACGGGGUUUAUAAGGGAUGACAGCGUACCGUGUUAUUGCUAUUAUUAUUAUUAUUUUUAUUAUUAUUAAGCAUUACGCGACUGAGUGUGUCCGAUAAUGCGUUAAGAUUCUACAUUUCACGGAGGUUCCACGGCAUGAGUCUUCGUACACGGCGUCCGUACUCACAUUCUCCGCGAGGACUAUGAAGUGAUCGACGACAAAUAUCACUUUAUACCCGUUCCGAAACGCCCCGUCGUGGUCGAGUUACGUGAUUCACGUUCGACUUUUACGAGCAAAAAUGCUCGCGCCGUAAUAAAGAGAAAAAAAAUUACAAUAUUCUCUCGGUCGGACCGUUUUCCAGCGUGUCGUAUACGAUCCUCUAUGACUGCGGCAUUAUUACAACAAUGAUAAUAAUAUUAUAGUCUCGUAUUGGCCGUUAAAUGGGCCAGGUCGUAAAACGCGUAUUAUUUUUUCACCCCUCGCCACGCUCUGAUUUUACACGAACAUUAAGUGAAAUUAUCAUCCCCUCGACGACGUCAGCGUAAACGUUUUCGAACGUAAAAACUCCAGAGUCCGAAAAAUCGCCUUUUGUCUCGAAAACGAGUAGAUAUGUGCAUGUGUAUGUUCCCAUCGGAGUUUUUAUUUGAGACACUUUUAUUCUAUACUGUGCAACAUCCUGUGCCUUACACGAGGUAUUUUUAUGUCUUUCAUAUGGUGCGCAUCUUGUUUACACCGUAUGUAUUUCCCCACAGUAUAGGGAAAUAGAUAUCGAUCGUACGAAAAUUAAAAUUAAAUUACCAAAGAAAAACACUCAAAAUUAAAAUAAAUACAUUUUGAACCAUAAGAAAAUUGUGAAUAUUUCAGUUAUAAAUUGCUGAAAUGAAUACAAUUGUACAGUCGUGUUGUAAAAGUUCUUUUUAAAAUGGAAUCCGUUCCCGUUUAUCGUUCGAAUUGCAAAGUAGGAAUUUGUUUCCGUUUUUUUUUUUUUUGCAUUUUUCUAAAAGGAAACUCGUUCCUUGUUUGUUUGUGCGGCCCUUUUAGAUUCGGAGCUUAGCUUAUCUAUUGUUUUUAUAUUCCUUUUUUUUUUGUGUCUGGACAACAUUUCUAUCUGAAAACUUGCUGCGAAGUAUAGACUGUAGCAUCGUUUCUAAAAUUUUUACGGCUUAUCGCAUAUACUAUGAAUAUUGCUUCAUUAAAUAAACGUCAAGAGACAUUUUUUUUUAAAUUUAAUUUUUAAUCUACUUCAUGAGUAAGUUAUUCGCGUUUUGAUUUUCUCUAUAUUUUUAUUAUUAACUAAGUAAAACUGGAAAAAAAUCAUAAAAUAAAAACUGACAAAUUUACGGCGUUAUGAUUUUAUUAUUUUAAAUUUUUACUGCUUAAUAUGUAAUCUACCAUAAACACUGCAAAACUAAAAAUUUAUUUGUUUUUUUUUUUUUAAUUUUAUUACGUAAUUAUUAUUUUAAGUAUAUUAUUAUCACCAAAUGUAUUAUUUAUAGAAGAUCAAAAUAAAGGAUGCUAAAACAUUUUUAAAGUCAGAAACUACUUCGAGUCGGCAAAUUUUCUAAACACACCCUUCCAUCAGGAACGAUUCCAGAACAAGUUAACGGAAGGAAAGGAUUUUGAAAAUACAAUAUAUAAGGCACGCAUUUAUGACAAACGAUGAAUCAAGCUAGGGUUAUACUGCCUUUAUUGCCCCUCCUAGAUCCCCGCCUUGCUUUCUGUCGAUAUUUGGUAGCGCCGGAUUUAGUGCAAAAACAACGUACGCGCUUGAGUCAUACCUUCCUAUAUGUAUGUAGGUAGGUAUGCUUACGUGUAAUUUGCUUUUCCCGCGGAGUGAGCCAGCAUUUUUAGGUGACUACCGAUUCCUAAAAUCUAAAAAAAUAUUAUUGCAAUAAUAUUUUUUUAUUAGCGUAAUUAUUUUGUAAAUAAACGUUAAAAAUAUAACAUCAAAGUUGAUUUAACGAAAAAAAAAAAUGUUUCUAUCGGAAUUUUUGAUUUUACCUUAUGUUUCGUUGUUAUUAACCAGAAUUGACAGUGCCAUAGCCACGAGAAGUUUUAGCUUAUAUACCCCUCAUAUUUUUUAAGGUAUAGCUAUGGUUAAGAAGAUUGAAGAUCCUCUUUAUCAAUGGGGGAGACCAUUGAUAAAUCCUGGAAACCCCCCUGAAAAUUUAUAGCUAAAAUAAUGACCAUUGCAUAUUACCAGCACUGUUGUUAGCAAUUACUAUUAAUAGUUACCAAUUCUAUAUACAGCAGCCAUUUAUUUUUGUUUUUUUUUUUUCACUAACAAGCACCUAAUUUAAAUGUAUUGGUUUUACAAUGUUUAUUUUUUCUUAUGUGGAAAACUUUUCUACCAGCAAUAAUUUUGCUCAGAUUUACAAUCAUAGAACUUUUUCUAAAAGUAAAUCUUACUGGCGAGGUAUUAUAAGGAUGUCAUUUUUUGAUUUUUCCAUGGGCUUUUCAAAUAAAUGGGAAAAACACGGAGGAAAAACGGAGGAGUGCCUACACCCGUCCCCAUUAUCCUAGGGCAGAUUUUUUAUUUUGCUUCUUUUCAUAUACAUAUCUAAAUGAAUUAUGUAAAUAUUUUUUUUCAGUAAUCUACGUUUUAGUUAAAAUUAUUUAAACAACUUUUUUUCCUAUUAAUAUACAAGUGAUACAUAUAUUACAUGGUUUCAAAUGUACAAUAAUAUUACUUCUUUAAUUUGAAUCGACACUUUUUAGUUUCUCACAGUAGGUGACUGGACUAUACGAUUUUUAGGUACUGCAUUAUUCUUGUGUCAUUCUUGCUAUUUUGUGUAAAUCGUCCCAGCGUUAUUCUUUAUCCAGUUCAGAUGGAUCUGUUCGCGUGGUUCCGUUUCCAAAAGUCCCACGUUUUUCGUACGCUCUGGAGUAUUCAUACCAGGUUUUUUCAAUGGUUUUUCUUUUUUUCUGUUCGUUAGUUGGGGAUGAAUAAUUGGUUUCGGUGUAUGGUAUUCUGGGUCAGGUAGUCUAAUUUUCGGUUUCGCUAAUUGUACUAUGCGAUCGGAGAUUUUGCUGUUUAAAGCCGCUUUUGACACCGGCACUGGUAAUAUACGCUCCUCUACCACCGGCCGUCGUUUUGGACGCGAUAAUUCAAAUAGUCUAUUUGAUGGCAUAAUAAUAUUUUUGUCACUUUUUCGAUUCUUUAUUUAUUUAUAUUAGUUAUUGAAAAUAAAAACAAAUUAUAAAUAUUUUAAAAUAAUGUUAUCAUUUAGUCACUGAGAAUAAUAUAAGAAAAUUCCUUAGCAACUGUUGACAGAAAAGGUAAAUAUGUAGAUCCUAUCUAGCCAAAACUUGGUGUAAAUAUACGCUUUUGCUUAUUUCAUUAUAAUGCAUUUUAUAUAAACGCAUUAUUUUGUAUGUAAAAUUUAAUAUGAUCAUAUCAACGAAGAUUCUUAGUGAAUAAUCAUCUAAUUAUUACAUUUUCAUAGUUAAAAAUUUUAAAUUUCUGCGUGCUAAAUAAUAAUUUAGGCUUUCAUAUCUGGAUAAAAAUUAUAUCUCGAAUUAAUGCCCCCCCCUUAAUUGUCAAGAUUCAAUCUAAAAAAAAAAUCGUCAAUAUUGAUUUUCUUUUUAUCAAUAAUAAUAUAUAAUAUAUAUAACUAUAUAGGACCUUGUUUAUUCCAUAUUACAUAUGGAAUUUGAUUUACCUUCACCUUCUAGUAAUUUUUGUUCGGCGAUAAUUUAACCCGUACAAAAUAUGAAAUACACACAAAUUGCGUUAUUUACCAAAAAUCGCUGCUGACGAACUGGAAUUGUUAUAUAUUUUUUUUUUUUUGUGAAUUAAGAUUCGCUGGUAUUGUAUCUGUACAAAUAAAAUAUAAAGAUAAGAGAUCCGUGAAGUGAGCCGCGCAAUUUCAAUAUUUUAAAACCAGUUUUUUUAAGUCAUUUUCAAGUUAUUUGUAAGUAAUUGUGAGCAUAAAUUUGAAAUUUAUAGUUCUAACUGUUUUUAAUUAUCCGCUCAAAUCUAUUUUGCGGCAGACUUCCACAAAACUUGGCCGUUUUGCCAUAUUUAAAUUUUUUACGGCCCCGAAAUUGUUUACGUUAUUUGUAAAUAUUUGUGAUCACAAAUCCAUAGUUUACAAGUCAUCCUUUUCUUAAUUAACCAUGAAAAAGAAGUCGGCCGUGGUUCGUAUAGCUUUUAGAAUUUUGAUCUGGCCAAAAUGUUUUACAUCAUUUCUAUUAAGCACAAAUCCAUAAAUUGUGCACAUUUUUUAACUCAUUAAUCCACUUGAUUUAUUUUUAUCUUAUGAUGGACAUACAUGACAUUUAAUUGUAUACUUUUAACAAACUAAAAACAAAGGAUCUUCAUAAAUAUAUCACUGAUUAGUAGUUGACGUCCACUAUAAUCUUUUUUGGUGGUGGUUGUCAGUUCAGCGUUUUAAUGUAAUGUAAAUUACGACCGACGAUUUUUUUUUAUACUGUUUACUACUUUAGUACUUUUGUGUGCCGGGCCGUUUCGUUAUUUUUACGAGAUAAUUAUUUUUCUGAUGCCGAAUAUUUUAUACAAACAUUUAAUAUAUUAGUUAUAUUGUAUGCUAUACAUAAUAUACUGAGUGAUCCAACUAUAUUUUUUUUUAAAUUUGUUGUUACUUUGCGUUAACCUAAAAAUAUUAAUUUUCGAUGUUAUAAAUAUUUUUUUCUGGUAAAAAAGAUGUAUUGUUUUUAUGGUUUUACUUUUUAUGCUAAAUCCUGUGAUCUAUCCAAAUUAUUAGUACACUGAACGUGUGAAGAAUAAUCCAAUUUUUUUUUCUUUUUAUAUAAAUAUUAUGUUAAACAAAUGUACACGUUAUUUUAUAUUACUAUUCAGUAAUUGUAAACAUACAAUACGCACAUACAUACUUAACUGCAGUAAAAAUAAAAUUGUGAAUUAUUAUUAGAUAUUUUUGUAUAAGAUAAUAUAUAUAAUAUAAUAAAUUAAUUGCAAAAAUACAAAUAAUUUACUGAUGACGUCAAACAUAAUUAUUAUGGAAAUUAUGUAUUUUAUUUUUUCGAUAAUGAUUAAUUAAUAUUAAUUAGAUUUAGAUUCCUUAAUAAGUAGUAUUCUAUCUGCAGUCUUUCCCGUGAUUUCAAUACAAAUUAUGUAUAAUUAUAUUAAUUAUUCUACUAAUUAUUAUAAAAAUACGUACAGCAGACGAAGGAAUUCAUGCGAAAAGACCAACAAUUUAAUUUUCACUAACAUUUUUGUAUUUAACGGUUUUUGAUUGAGAAAAAAAACUACAAGCAAAGUUAUCAGGUGUCCGUGAACGAGAAAAUUCCAACCUCUAACUUUUUGGACAAGUGAAUGGGAAUUCCGCUAAAUUUUCGGAAUUAACAGCGAGUGAAAAAUACUGGUGCGCAAUUAACAUGACUGCACCAAACAUUUUGUAGAUAUUAUAAUAAAACUAGCUCACAUCUCGAAAACCCGGUGGUAAAUGUCAAACUGUGCGGAAAAUUAUAUUAGCGUCUUUUUUUAUUUUGUGUUGAAUUAAUUUUUUUAAGUUUAGAAUUAAACGAAUGAAACGAGCUCUAAAUUGUAGACGGCUUUUUUGUUCACAAUAGGUAACCUAACGUAUUCUACUUGAUAAAUUCGAAUUUAUUUAUUUAUUAAUACGGACAAAAGUCCAUUUACGUUUAAGUAACUUUUUCUGCGGUUUUAUUGACGUUACACUCCUGCGGUGAACGACGACUACCGGGAAAAAAAAAAAAAAAUGUCGAUAAACAGUCGAGUUUCCUAUCGCGUACGGUGUCAUAACGCGCUGCACACCGCAUUACUCAUCUCCGUCGGUUUAGGUUGUCGAAUCAUUUUUUUUUUUUUUAUUAUUAUUAUUUUUAUGUAUAGCAUCAAAAUUGAAUCGUAAAAUAUUAUUGUUCUUUUAUUCGGAAUUAUUACACACACACACACACACACACACACCUAGCACACCGGUACCUAUAAUAACAUAUAAUAUUUUAUACCUACGUUAUGAUAAUACAAUAUUAAUGUGGGAGUGCCGAGCGUGGAUUUGUAAUGCGAUUGUGAGUCGCGUCUGAUAAUAAACCACGAUGACGGACCCCCCCUCCCCUCCCACCCAGCCACCCCGUAGUCUUCGUGGUCCUGAGUCGUUCGGUUUUGUUAUUUAGAGCCGCCCACGACACUGUAUACAUUAUAAUAAUAAUAAUAAUAUCGUAGACGUCACGCGCGUAAUGAGCGGACGGAAAUCAUUGUGUUCGUUCACGCGGCAGAACGGAGAAUAAUAAUUUAAUAUUCCGCUCUUUUCACGAAGACGCGCGCGAUAAUCCGUUUAGCGUUGCGUGUCACCGCACCAGGACGCGUACCCCCCCACCGAAUUCGGUCGUGACGCGACGCGGGCGCGUGUACCUCCCGUCGUCGACGUUGACGUUGACGUCGCGUUCUCUUUUGCUUCUCCCGACGGAUAAUCGCACCGCGUGUCGCGCCGACUACCGCACGGGGGCUGUGUAAACAGUUACACGUUAUCGCUGUUGUUAUCCUUAUAAUAUUAUGAUAUCGUGGCGAAAACGCGUUUCCGAUACGGUACUCCAUACGAAACGGACGUUAAAUUAUAUUACUAUUAUUUCACCCGAAAACGUUAUUACUAUACCCACCUACCAUGCGUUUCCAAAGGCGGAUUUUUCAAUAUUGUAUCCGUCAUACGAUUAUUUUCUAUCAAAGGGAUUGGAAGCGACGAGUUUCUUUCGCUUGGAAAUAAAACGUUGGAAUUAAAACACGUCUAAAUCCCCGUGUGUCACGUGUGUAAGACAGAAACUCGUCGUUUCCAAUCCCCUUGAGGGGGCUAUAUUAAUAUUAAGGAGUAACAUUUAGGCAAUUUCUAUUCAUGUCGACGGUAUGUUUAGACUGUUCAUUGUUUCAUGUAAUUGUUGCUUGAAAAUUUCACAUAUAUUGGUGUCCUUUAGCUUAUUCACAUCAAAUCUGUCUACUAACGUUCCUUUACUAUGUAUUAGUUUCUUGAGUUUUACUUUCAGCUUUUCUUUAACUAGGUAGUGGUCUGUAUCACAGUCAGCACCUCUUACAGUUUUAACAUCAUGUACACAGUUUUUGAACCUAGUAUUUAUCAGGACAUGGUCUAUCUGACUGACAUAUCUACCAUUUGGUACCUUCCAUGUAUCCUUAUAUAUUUAGAUACAUAUAUCUUUAUGUGGGAACAUCGUGCUCUUUACAAUAAGUCCUCCACCACUUGCAACAUCUAUAAGCCUGAGUCCAUUCUCACUAGUUACAUCGCGAAGGCUAUGUAUACCAAUCGCUGACCGAAAUAUGUUUUCCUUCCCUAACUUGGCAUUGAAGUCCUCUAGGACUAUUCUAAUUCUAUUUCGUGGGAUUUCGUUUAGCGUGUGUUCCAAGUUAUCGUAGAAUUCGUCCUUUUCCUCUUGCGUUUUCUGUUCCGUGGGUGCAUGCCCAUUCACGAAUGUGAUAUCGAAAUAUUGUGCUUCUACUGUUAACGCUGAUAUUCUUGGAUUAAUGCUUUUGAAUUCUCUUACUAAAGAUACUAAGUUUUUAUGUACUGCGAAGCCCGUUCAAAACUGACGAUGUUUAUUACACUCGCCGUAGAAAAUCGUUGUAUCUUGGAUAUCUAGCGUUCCUUUAUCAUUCCAUCAUAUCUCUUGUAAGGCCACCACUCUUAGUUUAUAUCUCUCUGUCUCCUCAACUAAGCCAUGAUUGUACAUAUCAUAGGGAAAAUAAAGUGAAUAAAAACAAAAUGAUAAGAAUUAAUAAAAUAUAUGAUUUCAAUGUAGUUACCGAUAAAUGUCGUCAGGAAAGGUUUUUAAAUGAACGGCCUCUUUUGGCCGAGCUCUCUUAAACUAUUUUGUAUUCAACGGCCGAAGAAACUAUUAAUAAUAAUUGUACAGUAUUUUAACGCUUCUGCCAUGAAAAUACCGGAAACUCUCUGUGAUUGAACAGAAAUAACUUUGGUGCUUUUUUUUUGUCAACGUUAAUGUAAAAUAAUAUAUUAUUUUAUACAAUUGAAAUUAAGAUUUAGUUUUAGAACAAUAAUAAUUACCUACAGUCAUUACUAUCAUAGGUAUACCCGAUUUGUGUAACUUAACAAAAAACUAUAAUUCAAAAUAAAUUGGAAGUUAGGAACGUAAUUCGAUUAAAAAUUUUUGAACAGAUUUAAACUGAAAAUGAUAUUAAUAUCGAAUAACACAAAACAAUUUGUUUUUGUUCGUAGUUUUAAUGAAUUUUAACUUAAAACUUGUUAAUAAAAAUAAAUCGUCGUUAUAGGCAUAGUAAAAUUAUUGAGACAAAUCCAUUUUACACUCCGGUCACAAUCUGUAAUUCGAUUCAUGUACCAAAGAAAAUAUAUAUAAUUAAUAUAAAAAAAAAAAAAAAAAACCGAACUAUAUAAUAAAUGCAUCUCUGCGGCGACUUUUCAAUAAUAUACUAGGUAUAUCCACUAUCCUCGCGUGUUUAGAACGCACAACACUAUCAUCAUAAUAAUAUCAUAUACAGAACGGGGCGGGUAAAAAGAAUCAAUCUCCCCCGUAAAACAGGUAAGCGCAGAUGCGAGAUGUAUUUUACCUAACCUAUAGAUUAAAAUAUAAUUAAUACGAAUUCCUCGGUAAAUCGGAGGACUGCGUGAUGUCGUGUAGGCAGUCGUCGAGACGAUCGUCUCCAGUCGUCGAUAUAAUAGGUACGCGGAUACACGAAUAGGCAUAAAAUAGUUUUCACUCGUAUACAGUAACAAUAAUAGCUAUUAUAUAGGAGCGGUCUCUGUUGUAUAUAAUCUAAAGUACCAUACGGUAACCCGAGAUAGUUUUUAUUAUUUUUCAAAUACCACGCGUUACUGCGCGGUGGCGAGAACGGAAAAUUGUUUUUGAAAUCGUUUAAUUGGUCGUCAUUGUACAUAAUAAAUUCGGUUACAAAGUCAAGGGAGGUUGGGCAUUAUUACUCUUUCCCUAAAUUGUUUUUUCAGUUAUUUGUAAUGUUAAUAUUAUAGAGGUGAUUAUCGUUUUCGCCAAAAUGAAAAAAGGUUCAAUUUUCGUUUCAAAUUUUUUUCUAUUCAUCUAAAUUAUAGUUUGACAGCCAUUUAAAGUUACCUAGAACCCACCACGAGGCAGGGUUCUCAUUUUUAUUUGAAUAAUACUAAUAAUACUAUAAUAAAAUUGAAUAAUACUACUUUUAAUAAUAAUUAAAAUUAAUUUACAUUAUUACAGGUAUCUAUAUUAUGUACAGUGGAAUCAUUUUUUAAAUAUUUUUUGUUUUUAUAUUACGCCUAUUCAGUUGCGUUUGAUACAUUAAUGAAUCGAAAUACAAAUCUGCGUGUGUAGUUUUAAAAAGAUUUUAAAGCUCAAAAUAUAUAUAAAAUUUGGUAGCGCUUUUGUUUUGCCUAUUUAAAAAAAAAAAAAAUGGUUUUUCACUAGUUUUUUAAUACACGCGAUUAGUGUGACGUCAUAUUAUCUGAUAAAAAUCCUCAUCAAGUACGAUUGGAUCCAAAUAAAUCAAAUUGUACUUACGAAAUAUACGAUGCAAAGUCACCAAAAAGUCGUUACACUUUACAUUUAAAAUAGUUACCUAUAUACUUGUUUUAUUGCAAAACAUCUCCUUUGAGUAUAUUUUUUUUAUUAAUAGUAAAAUCUUAGUAUGUAAAUACUCAUAUUAUACGAGUGUUCAAAAAUAUAUUGUGUGUUUUUAACUGUCCAAUUAAAUUCUUUGGAUCCAAACAAUCAAAUUAUGACUGAUAAUUGUCGGAUAAAAAGUGCACGGCGGAAGUACUAAUCAAGAGUAUUGUUGGUUAAGUAUAAAAUAAAAAUGCCAACAAGACAUGGUUUCGUUAUUAUUAUAUUUUAGAUUCUUAUCUAAAGACUUAGACGUCACUUCAUUACAGUUACCAAUCCUCUUUUCCGCUUAUUCCAGUAUUAUUCGAUUAAUAAUCUAUAAAAUGCAUACGGUGAGUAAUUUUUUGUUUUAUUUUAUUUACGGUGGGUAGUCUGAAAACGCGAUGAAAUAUGUCUGUACUCUUUUCAAUAAUGCGCAUUUACAAUUUACACUAGUUACAGUUUUUGUUUUCAUUCAUUUAUUUAUUUUGCAAUAAUUUUCUUUAUUAAACCAAUAAGAACCCGAAAAAAUCCUAUCAUAUUCAAUUUAAUAGUUUCCAGUUCCUCGAAUUGAAAAAAAAUGUGAUUCAAUAUAGUGGUUCUGGUCCCAGUCCCCGAUUCUCGGUCUCCAUCCCCGGCAUCGACUAACGGUUUUCAUUAAAAUCGCAUGUUUAUUUUUUGCCCAUUACCGUUCAAACUUCCCGUAUACAACAGUGAUUCGGCUUUUUUCAGUGAACAAUUUUUCUAUCAGAAAUCUUGCUCAGUUCAUCAACAUAUCAGGCGUUCAGUAAGUAUAUUAGAAAAAUCGAUUUUUGAUUUUCUUUGUAGAUUUUUUUUAAUAAUUAGGAAAAGCCGAAUAAAAACACCGUCAAAAUAUGAAAUAAUAAAGCUUCUGUUGAUUUUCAGCUGUAAUUCAGUUUUUCAACAAAUUAGCCAUUUCUAAACGUGGUACAAUUUUCAAAACUUUACAGCAGUUUUUUUUUAUACCCAUUUGAAAUUCGACUUGGAGUUGUUCUUCUAUGUCACUAUGAAAAUAUCGAAAAUAUAUACUAUCUAUUUUUUUUUUUUUUUUUUUUACAAGCAUCUAAAGUUCAUAUUUGUAUAAAAACCAUACAAAUUGCGAUAUUUUAAAACAUAAUGAUUACCCGAUCUUUGCUCAUGAUUGAUUUUCGUCAGUAAUGAUUUAUCCUCGUGUACAGACAUAAAUUAAAUCACCUAUCCUAUAUUAUGUUCGUGUUCACGAUAUUUGUAUUAUAUGUUAUAAUAUAGGCGCAUUUAUAAUGUUACCCGAUUUUAAUUUUUAGUAUCAAUCAAUAUUAUGUUAAAGCGUAUCAACCGAUUAAAAUAUGAUUUGGUUUAAAUGUACUAAAGUUCAGAGAAUAUGAAAUUCAUAGAUACGUAUGCAAACCAUUCGGAAUUAUAAGAGAGUGACAAUUUUUAAAUUAUUACGCGUGACCUUCCGAACAUUUCGGGUUGGUGAACCCCGGAGAAUACCUUACGCACAGGAAAUUAGAGAAACAAUUAAUAUUGUCCAAUAACAAUGUUAUUUUCGAUUGAAUUCCGAAUAAAACGUUCACGUAAUAAUACAGUAGUAUACACGGUCUGUAUAAUUGUUUUGAAUAACCGAAAAAUCUCGCGAACGCGGUGACGUGUUUACGACUUUUUUUUUUCCCUACGCGAUUUAGACGGCCGAGUCCGUAACAGUACCGAAUAGCACCGAGCACCACCACACCGAUAUUAUAAAAGCGGUGCGCCUCUGAGUGGCGAACGGGGAACCGCCGAACCGCCGCCCCUCCCCCAUCCCUCUGUAAAUACGCCACCGAAUUACGGGCUCCCCGCGUGCGACGUGUCCGCGACGCGCGUUUAUUGAAAGAUCGACGAUUAUCGCGUAACAACAAUUUAAUAAUAUCGUUAUUGUUAAUUAUUGCGUUUGCGCGGGUCGUGCGUCGCGCGGAGAGUCGCGAGUAGGCCACGCGCGCGCGCGCGCGGCCGUGGCGGAACGGCGGGACGGAGGCGGCGGCGGUCCGCUCACGCCGUAGAUGAGGCGAACUCGGCGGCAGCGGUCGCUGUCGUUACCGGAGAUAACGGUAAACUCGCGACGGCGACGACGGCGGCGGCGGCGGAUAGUGCGCAUGUGCGCCGCGUGUCCGGCCGUUGAACUCUUCUCGGACCGCCGCGCGCCGCGGCCGAGUCAACACACCCGGCAGCAGCUCCGAUCUCGGGAGCGUGUACCGGAGACACACCGUCAAUCGUCGUCGUAUUACUAUUAUUAUUAUUACUAUUAUUAUUGUUAUCGUUAUUGUUAUCAUUAUCAUCAUCGACGCCGACGUAUUUUCCACUUCUCACAGUUAUUAACAAUAUUGUGUCAUCAUCCGUGCUCGGGUUUGGAAACAUAAAAUGACAGGGGACCAGUGGCCCCAGAGAGCGGGCACUCGCCCCGGCCGCCCGUUCAAAGCGCACGGGACGGGCAUAUUGUCGUUUCGCCCGUUAGCGUCCGGUUCGCCCAUCGUUAGCGUUUAUCGGGGAGUAGGUCCUCCGAUAAAAUAUAGAUAAAACUGUGAAAAACAAACAUUUUUAAAAUCCAAUUUUCAUUAAUGUGUACUAUUUAUUAAUCCCCCACGAAUAAAAAUAUCCAAUAUUAAAUUUUCAUACAAAUACUGUUAUUUCAUUAUUUUUAUAACAUAACUGGUGUUAUGGUUUAAAAAAAAAAAAAAAAAAAAAAAAAAAACCAGUUGAAAUAUUCAUCACACAAAUUACUUGUAGGUAAUUUGAUACGUAAUAAUCUUUUGAAACAGUGUAUGUCUAUGUAUCUACAGAAAUAUAAUUAAAUGUUUUUUGUUGUACUUUGAUCUCUUGGAAUGAUGUUUACUCAAGGAUAUGCUCAUGUCUGGGCUUGGCAGUGCAAUUCCGGUUCACGUUUUCAAAAAUAAAAAAAAAAAUACAAGUUUUAUCAUUGCUAUCCACAAAUUAUAAAAAUAUAACAUUAUAUGAGUAUUAAAAAAAAAAAUUAUGUGUUAUAGUUCAAUACAUUUUCCAUUUGGAGCAUUGGGGGAGGACGAGCAAAACCAAAGGGAAAACGGGUAUUCCGAUAAUUACGAGAUGGGGGGUCGCCAAACUUAUUUCGGAAAUGAUCAUACAAAUUGAUCUCUUUAAUCGUGUAGCACAAAAUAUAUGAGAAUUUAAUUAUUUACAUUAAUGGAGGCUGGAGACUUAUGUCGUAGGCCCCCCAUUCAGUUUGUUUGAUAUUACUCGGAUACUAGUGUCGAACAAAUUCAUACAAAUAAGGUACAAAAUAUUUGAAUACGAAUUUUCUAGAAUUUCAUUGGUGCGGGAGUUGGGAGCAUGUUCGUUAAUAAGAUUAUUAUACCUGUGUUGAAUAUUGAUCAUAUAUUAUAACCCUCUGUAUUUUGUAUCCAGCUCGCCAGGGUUUCAAAAAUGCUGCUGCUAGCUACGUAAAUUUAUAGUUAUUACCAAAACAUACAGGUAAAAAAAAAUUCGUUAGAAUAUUAAAAUCCGUUAAUAGUUGAUAAUUUUCGAAAUUUGUAAGAUCUCCCCUCCAAGGCUAAAUUGCGAUUUGAGCAUUUAGGCAUUUCUCCAGCACGCUCUCCCCCAAACAGAACUGAUGAAGUUAGCAUGUUUUGUUUUGUUUUUGCAUAAUAUGGUAUAAAUUAAAUUUUAAAUGUUGAAAAGAGAUAUGUAUUAAAUUGUAUAUAUUAAAUAUUCACAAUAAACUUUGAAAUUUUCUUUUAUGGAGGUUGGUUUAGGUUUCCACCUGAUUUUUGAAAUAUCGAAUAUACUACUGAACGACUUGCAGUUCUCUCACAAUCUGUAUUGGAACAGAUAAUAUUAUGUUCAACAACAGUUAAUAUACUUAUGCACCAUUUUUCAACCACUAGUCCUGCUGUUGUAUUACAACUAACUAUCGAAUUAUUAUAUUCAAGUGGCUAUAUUUCAGGUUGAAGUAUAUUUAAUAUUAUUCUAGUUCUUUUUGUGUACGUAGUAAAAGCUAUAUCUUUUGUAACAAUAUUGAAAACAAAUUAAAAAUGGAGUUCAUUGAUACAGUUUUUAUAUUGUUCACUAUCACAGUAUGAAACCAUAAAUAUAAAUACCAACGUAUCAAAUACACAUAUAGAUAUUGCUGAAUAUUAUUUUUCCUGUUUUUUUAUUAUUACAACUUUUGAGUUCCUCAGCUACGUGUUGCGUGAAUUAUUUAAUAUUAAUUAUUAAUAUUUACAUGGCGCAAAAAUGGAUUUGGUGUUCAGUAUGAUUUCUGCUUUUCUCGUUUACUCUUUCUUUUCCGAGUUUCAUGGGCCAUGGUUUCUCUGUUAAAAAAUGAAUUUUUAGUUUUUGUGCCAGAUUUACGAAUUUUUAAACUGUUGUGAUAUGAUAAUUGCCCAGAACAAGAUAGAAAAUAUGUACAGAUUUGUCACAUUUUAUACAUUUUUGUACACCUUCUUCUAUUGCGAAAAUAUUUAUACUACAUAAAGAGCAUUUAUUUGUUUUUGGGAUUGGUAUUUCCAUAAAAUCUGCCCACUUGGAAUAAAUAAUACCUUAUACCUUAUAAAUAAUACCUAAUACCUUACCUUAUAGAUUAAUAGUUGAUUUUUAGCAGUUGUUUCUGCUAAGUGUUCACUGCAACAACCAUUAAUUAGGCAUAUUUAAUCAAUGCUGUUAUACUAACUGUGACUGGCGACUACUAUCAAUUUGAGAAAAUUUUGAAAUAUAAUAUUAUAAUAUAAUAUCCACAUUAAAUCAUUAAAACCUAGGUAUGUAUUUUAAAAUAGCCAUCUUUAGUAAGGUAACUAAGGUAAGGUAUCGUUUAUUCCAAGUCUGAUAAGAACCAUUUAUUUUAUUAGUGAUAUAAACCGUUUUUUUUUUACUGUCUGGUAUUAUUUUUUAAAUUUAUAUUUUAUCUAAAUAAAAAAUAUUGCUUAUCUGUAUCAACACUGAUUAGUGAUUAUUGUUUUUUUUUUUCAGAAAAAUAAUUCACAAAUUGACUGUGACUUAAAGAUAUGUGAUAUAAAGAAAGAAUAUGGCGAAGAAUUUGAAAUUUUACCAUAUAAUCUCAGUCAACUAACCGAUGAAACUCAUGAGGUUCUUGGAGUAGGUGCAAAUAUUAAACAACAGCAACUUCCUGUAGAAUCUCGCCAACAAGGGCACUCACCCGACGUAAAAAAAACCGGAAGUCAAUCGAAAAAGGUUUAUGUAGACGACGAGUUUGAUUUGUUUGGUAAAAUGCUCAUCAAAAAAUUACGUAAGCUGCCCGUAAAAGAAGGGGAAGAAUUCAUGUACAAGAUCGAUGAAAUGUUCAUUGAACGUUAUCACAAUAAUAAACAAUCAUAGAAUUCCUUCAAACCUACUUAAUAAUUUCAGCAAUUAAAUUUUAUGAUACUAAGCUAGCAUAGAAUUUACCGAUGGAUCCGUUUUGAAAACGUCCGCUGAUUAUUCUUUUAUACCCCUAGUCUUCAUAUUAAGUUUUCCAAUAACACUCCCCUAUCUGCCUCGUUUUUUACAACUAAAUGCCUUACUAUAUAUAAAGCCCUUUUAACCAUAAAAUCAUUAGGUAUUCGUAAUUUUGUCAUUUGUUCUGACUCCCAAUCUUGUCUCGUGGCAUUACAUUUUUCCCAUUUCGUUUCCGCUGUUUUCUACCUCGUACUUCAAAUCCGUUCAAUCCUCUUUUCUAUUUCUAAUUCUGGUUACUCAAUACACAUUGUUUGGGUUCCUAGCCAUUCAGGUAUAUAGGAGACGAAAUCGUGAACCAACUCGCUACGUCAUGUUCCUAUCAUUCUAUCCCUUCUCCAAUUAAAAUCCCUUAUUCCGACUUUUCCCCAGUUCUUAAGGCUCAUGUUUUAGGUCAUGAAAUUGUAAAUGGUUAAAUUUACCCUCUACCUUUGCUUCCUCUUUUCGCCUUAUCUGUCCUUCUAUCUUACCAGAUACAUAAAAUCGGGUUCCAUAAAAUCCCCAUUUCUCGAAGUACCAUGGUCUCUUACUCCCACCUCAGAUUCGGGCAUAAUCGUUUCCCUGCUCACGUUUAUUACCUAUCCCUUAAUAAUUCCCCUUUAUUUCUCGUCAUGACGGUUCCUUCACCUACAACUCCUGCCAUCUCUUUUUCAACUAUUUUGCCCUUACUAAUAGACGUGUUUUACUUUCCUCUUUAUGUACCACUAACAAUAUAAUAACAUUCCCUUUACUCUCCCCUAUAUUUUUCAAUCAUCUAAUGUCUCCCUCAUUUAUUCCAUAAUACAUUUUUUCAUUUCCGAAGGGUUUUUAUUAUAAUAUUCCGUUUUUAGUUCUAUAAUUGUCUUUUCUAUGUGUAGCCGCUGAAGCAUAUAAGUUUAAUUAAGUCUAAUAAAAAAAUAAAAAAAUACUAAGCUUCA